AAAUUAUGUUUUUUGUAAUAAUUGUUUCCAAAAAACAUAAUUUUGCUCGUAAAAGUUAUUCUAAGUGACUAUGAUAUAAAUAUUGGCUGUAAAAAAUUAUUUUACAACCGUUGUUAAGACAAUUAUAACAAGAAAAAAGAUUCCUUAUUUUGGAAAAAUUCUCAAGAUAGGUUUCUUUUCAAAAAUAUUGAAUGAGAUGUCUUGGUGUCUGAAUCAGAUGCGUAGAGCUUAUAACUUUUGCAAGAGACAUUUUAGUUGUCAACGUAACAUCGAAACAAAUCAAGAUGACAACUUGCAACAAAACGUUCCGGGAUUUAGACGGGGUAUUCGGAAUGAGACGGUAAACGGACAAAUGGAAUCGCGACCAGCGACCUCAUUACAGAAGCCUCGACCUGACAUACCAACAGUAAAACGAUUGACGGUAGACCCUGUUAAAGCAGCUGCAGUGUUUAAAGCUUGUAAAGAGUUACGUGUGGUUCCAAGUGAAGAAAAAACGCCGAUCGUAAUCAAAACUGCUAUAAAUAGUGAAGAAAUUGUUCCGUCCAGCAUUUCAAAUGAUAGCCCAUCAAAGGACAGUUAAAUGUUAAAAACUAUACUCUUUUUUUUAUAUUUUAUAAUAAUUAUAUAUGGAAAUAUAAUAAAUUAUAC